AUGUCCCUUAUUUGUGACUCAGUUUCUCGUUGGGCUUUGCCCAUUCCAUUGUUACUUCUCUCGACUCACAACAUUCAACGAUUAUUGAAUGCCAUGUCACUGGCUAGUCAAGCUAUAUCACUUUUGGAUCAGCCGGAAAAAGACCAAGGAAACAUCAAAGAAGAGUUUGAAACCAGUUGUGUCAUUCUUGGCAAUGUAAUAACGUAUCUAACCCAGCCUUGGUAUGGCCAGGAAAUUCAUAGCGGGCUUCGGUCCUUGUUACUAAAGUUUGCUUCAACUGGCGUGCUGGAUGCUGCUGGGCAACAACUCGAGUACAAUAUCACUACUGCUGGUGUAGAGAAAGACUUGGAAAUUCUCACCAAUGGAAUAUCUCUGCUCCGACAUACAUUGGAUCCUGAUAUCUGA